GCUGAGAGUGCUAACUCUCCCUGUGUUUGAGGGAAUGGCGCUAAUGCUACUCUGAGUUCUGAACUCUGUUCUGCUCUCAGUUACAACUCCGUGUUUGAACGAUGUGUUCCCUCGAGCUCUUCCCUCCACCGCUGCUGAACGGUCAGAUCACUUUAUACGAGGCCAAUAAUGAACUCGUAUCAGGAAGCUCUCCAGACUGCUACCAUAAACAGCACUGGAAUCCUCCGAGUCUUCUUUUUCUGAGGGAAAACCUGAAGCCACACAGUCGUCCAGAGAGCAGCAGCAAAGCAGCAUUCCUGGAUCACAGAGACACACUGUGGAUGAGAAGCGCUGGAGCCUGGCGUGACGCAGGACUUUAUGGCCUGUUAGACGAAAUCACGAACAGUUCUGAAGAAGUACCGACGAGUCUGACCCUGAUUUCGGGGAGUGUUUUGGCUCUGCUGAGAUGGGCGUCUUCGUUUCAUUGCUCUCUGUUCCCACAUCUGACUUUAAGUGGUGUGGACAUGGUUGCUGAAUUCUCCCAAGUGUUGGAUUGGUCUGAUAGCACCGUACGAAGCUUUGCGUGGCAUCCACAUACAGACAAAUUUGCAGUAGCCCUGCUGGAUGAUUCCAUCAGGAUCUACAGCUCUCGCAGUACGACGACUCCGACUCUGAAGCACCGGCUGCAGAGGAGUGUGAGCGCUGUAGGGUGGAAGCCUCUGUGUGCCUCCGCUCUGGCUGUGGCCUGUCAUACCUGCCUGCUGGUCUGGCACGUGGACCCCAACUCGCUCUCUACACGUCCCUCGUCCGGCUGUGCUCAGGUACUGUCUCAUCCGGGUCACUCUCCGGUCACCUCCAUCGCUUGGUCUCCUUCCGGUUCUUUACUGGUUUCGGCCUCUCCCGUGGACACGGCCAUGAUGGUGUGGGACGUGGCUGCAGAAAGCUGUGUUCCUCUGCAGCGUGUCGGAGGUGGAGGGGUCACUAAUCUCUUAUGGUCGCCGGAUGGCGGCCGGCUCUUGGCUGCCACGCCUUCUGCGCUCUUCAGGGUGUGGGAGACCAAGAUGUGGACCUGUGAGAGGUGGCCUUGUCUAAAAGGACGCUGUCAGUCAGCAUGCUGGAGUCCUGAUGGAACGAGACUGUUGUUCAGCGUUCAGGGAGAAGCGGUGAUCUACGCUCUUACCUUCUCUGAUAUGACGGGAGGACCUAAAGCUGCUGUGGUUGUGGCCGAUCUUUCAGAGACCACGUUCAAUGAGCUUGCUGGUGACGUCGUUGUCGGUGGAGAGGUGCAGUCGCUUGCUUGGGAUCCCACUGGAGAGAGGCUGGCUGUGCUCCUGAAAGGUCGUUCUGAAUCCUCCAACCAUCCUGCCGUCAUUGCUGUGUUUAAGACGCGCUCCGGUCCCAUCUUUGAGCUGCUUCCAUGCGGUUUCGUGCAAGGUGAGGCUGGAGCAGAGCCGAGGCUGAUCCACUUCCAUCCUCACUUCCAGCACGGUGCACAGCUCACAGUGUGCUGGUCUAACGGGCGAAUCUCUCAUGUGCCCUUCUAUUUUGUCGGUGUGGGGAGGCCACAUUCUGGGGGAAGCCCUCCGCGUCCUCACUUCACCAGCAAGACGGAGGAUUACAACACUACACUGUUUACAGAACACGUUUCAUAUGUGUAUUUUUAAUCUUCAGCUCACACAAUGUUCUUACAUGUAACAUAAUUACAUUUAAAGAUACAGAAUAAAUGACAGUAAAAUAUAAUAAAAGAUGAAAAUGC